CUUCUUGAAGCUUGUACCUCUGGCGAAUACCUUAAUGGAUUUAGUGGAUUCUUUUCAACUCCAAAUUUUCCAAAUAACUAUCCUCAGUACAGCAGAUGUAUCUGGAAUAUCACAGUUCCCAGCGGGUACAUAAUUAAACUCAGCUUCCUCUACUUUCGAUUGGAGCCAGAUCAGUACAGUUCCUGCUAUAAUAAUGCUCCAGGAGCCCGUGUUACAGUCACAAAUGUUACUUCAGAUGAUGGGUAUCAGUCGUUCAUGCUGUGCGGUCAACAACUUCCAGAUCCAGUGUACUCUGUGGGGAAUUCCGUUCAAGUCAUAUUCACGUCUCUGAGCAGUCAAUACUCAGGGUUUAAUGCAACUUACACGGCUAUCACUUAUAGUUCAGGUACGUGGUAUACAUUAUACUUAACAGGAGACCAAAAGAAUCGACUCCGAAAUUAUUGACCUAUUACUGCUUGAAAAUGUAAAAGAGCAAAAGAGGAACAUUAUUGGAUCGGUAAAACUGAACAAGAUAUUACAUUUAGGUAUAUUUAAAGAACACGUGUAUUUCAAGUUUGUCGUCUUUACAUUGUACGCAAGUCUGAUGCUCUCGAGAAUCAUAAGUUGCUACGUGGCGGAGAUGACAAUUUUGUCCGCCUAAGAGGUCUCUUUCAAGGCUAAGAGUCAACAAAGAAAGAUCAAAUUAUCGAAAAUACCGUGGCUUAAAGCCUUAAAAUAACCAAGAUAUACGGGAUAACAUAAUCUCGUGCUGGAUAAGUAUUCUAGUACUAUUUAAGGCAUGGAUUUUUCUUGGUGGUGCAGUGGAGUAUGGUUAGAAUGGCAUGAUUAGAACGCCAACAAUGAGAUUUCUCAAAAUUGAUUUUGAAUUCGCAUAUAUAUAUAUUUUUCUUAUUCAUUUGGAACCAAUCGAUAAAUAUGUUCAUACACCACCGUAGCUCCCUCGAAAACUAUACCCGAUUCCAGACCAAAAUGGGCAAAGUCUAUAACCGUUUUUAGACCAAACCGGCGUAAAAUCCAUACUUAUUUCUUUCUACAACAAGAUAAUCUGUAUCUAGAAUGAUUUGAAUCAUCACACGCCGUUUCCCCAUUUUCCCUCAGUUCUUCAAUCUGUCUCGCUAACUUUGCUUUACAUAUAGUGAAGAGCCUCUCUGGGUCAUUGUCAUAUAUUUUUAGAUUUUUAUUGCUUGCAGGUUCUUAACCCUGAGAAGAACAUUUUGUAUGAAAACAUGUGUCUAAACUUCUAUGUAAUCUUGUAGUUGAGAAUAAACAGCAUAAACAGCUGAUCGAUCGCGCAAAACCUGAUGAUGUACGCCUACCUUUCCAACAGUUCUUUCUUAUUACCAUUUCGAUUUAUACGGCGGCAUUUUAACCAAAACUUUAGUUAAACAACGGUCAAUUUUUCUAUAUCUCUUCUUCACUGAAGCCAGCAAGAGGAAUGUUCCCUCAAGUAAGUCCGCCAUGUUAGUUAUUAGGUACCUUAUGCUCCGAUGACGCGAUGACAACGAGGACGUCGUCAAAAAAGCAAUAGGUUUACAAGGCAAACAACAACUUUGCACGUGCAUCACACUUUUUUCUACAUUUCUUUUUAUUGUGGACGUAAACAAGGAACGACCAAAAUUUAUUUCUCUUUUGGAACUUGGAAAGGGAUCCUAGCAGUUCAACUCCAGGGGGAUUCGCUUACUUUUGAUAAAGAAAAUGGGUAGGAAUAAUCGCAAUAAAGGCUAAAAGAACGUAAAUUCACUUUUUAAGUGACGUUUUUGCUGCCAUCGCCUCGUCGGAUCGUAAAGUCCCUAUUUUAAACUUAAAAAUCUCACAUCCAUACAACGAGUAUUGAGAAUUUCUUUCAGGCGCUUUCCAUUCAACUCAAAAUUCCGAAAUUUUCGGUUGGUACAUCAAAUGGAAAGUACCAUUUUGGUUUGGUCUGAGCGGAACAUUCGGGACCAGCUUUGAAGGAACUCCGCGGCAAAACGCACUGCGUAUGAGCACAAAAUUUAACAUCUGGUCAGCUUUUUAUUCCCGAUGUAGUAUAUAAACCAAUUUCGUAAGCAUAACUUUGCCGUCGCGCCAAGUUUAAAAGCAAAAAGCUGGCGAAAAAACUCACUUCAUUCGAUAGCUUACAUAUUUUUCUAGUGUCAAACUUUUGUACCACAUGGUUAUCUGGUUGCACCAACGGUGAAAAAGUCAGCACUCGUUAACAUCCGUCGAAAGUCGCUCUUAUCUUCGGUCGGAUUUCGUAAACGUAUGACGUCACGCUCGCCUCCAAGUUGAAUAUGCUGAUUCAUCUGCACUUCAAUCGUCUAUAUCCAAGGUUUUUUCCCGCUUUUUCGAUCAUUCCUCGAUUGAUUCCAAUCAAUUCAAACAAGACGAUGCCACUGCCCCCGUUUAAAGGAUGUUUUGAUGUUUCAAGCCUCUUCUUACUCCGCCGGGAAAAGGACCUUUCAGUGGAUGCUACUGAAUAACAACCUUUGAAUGGCCCUAGAUCACCAGGCUGUGUAUCUAGGUGACAAUUAUACAUCAUCACUUUCCUUAUUGCAUACAUGUGCAUAUACAGUGUAAAAAUCGCGUACUUGUAUUUCACACUUGAGGAGAAGGAUCAAUAUUGUUAUUUAUUAUCCCACUAUUAUGUCAUUUUACCAUAUAAGGUCAAGAUAAUGCGCAAAAUGUGAGGCGGUAAUAAUAAUAUUAUUUAAUAAUAUUUCUGUCUGAUUUGGUUGUUAAAAUGACUGGUCACUAGGGUUUCGCCUGGCACCGGGCACAGCCCAGCACCAGGCCAGUCCAGUGUCCAAAAAGGUAGGGGGCUUGCCUUCUUGGUCGGUUUAGCUGGGUAGCCCAGGGACUGCCCUAACCGUGGGUGGGUGGAUCAGGCCAGGGGGCCAAAAUUAGUGGAGUAGGGAGGGGGCUAUUUUUGACACAACCCCUUCAGUAAGCAGCUGUGUACACUAGAGGCUUUGACUGGCAAGUACCCUGUUCUUAAUUUGCCCUAGCCACUGAGCUGAAGCAGGCCUCUGCUGAGAAUGAUAAUGUUAAUAGCCUUAGUCUCUAUUUUUAUAUUUUGCACGCAUUGUCCCGCCUUGAAUAGCCUUGCUAGCUUCGGGCAAUACUCCUGUAAGUUUAUUUGUUUAUUAAUAAAGUUUUGUUGUUGUUUUUGUUGUUGUUGUUGUUGUUAACUGCAGAGCUCAGUGGGAGGCACAGACAGUCACCCAUUGCCCUGGGUGGGGAGGAUGAAAGUCUUGGAACCAAGGACACACUUAGCAUAGGACCUGUAGACACUCACGGAAGCCAUGUUUAAAUAAAUUCUGUCAGAUUUAUUUAUUUAUUUAUUUAGGCUUACUUAUUUCAUGCUUUUUAAUUAAGGUUGCAAAUGAAAAUGGGCUUAAACUGUGCGUUUUGGUUCGAAGUCAUUGAUACUAUGAAGUCUUCAUCUACAUGAUAUCUGCAAGUUAUUUGUUGGGAAAGGUUGCCUAUCAGGUCAAUGGAUUUGUUCAAGAUUUUUUAAAUACGUUUCUUUAACAGUACAUCAAUGAAUGAAUGGUGGAAUCAAUAUUUUUAAUUUAACUUAAGUAACCCCUCAGAGUUUUGAAUUGGCUUCCAAUUGUUUCGUCAAAAAUGUGUCCUGUAAAAACUGAAAGGGGAGGGUCCAAAGAAUUUGGAAAUAGUAUCUUCCCAUCUGCAUUAGCCCUUCCCUCUCUGUAAAUAAUCCCCACUCUCUGUUUUCUUUGAGGUCUUGUUUGAACAUUAGUUUAUAAGUGUACUUUAAAGCCUCUUCUGCUGUAAUUGUUCCUUCAACUUCUUUUACAGUAAAGGCAUGUCAUUCUUGAAAAAAAGAAAAUGCUCUGUCAUUUGAUCAAGUAGAGCAGAUGCUAUUUAAUUUCAUGAAGCAAAAACAAACAUGGAAAAGUAAUUAUACAAAAGUAAGACUGUUUUUCCUUGUUUGAUCAUCAAUGAACUUCCCUUCAGUUUUCUUGUGCAUUAUUGGCUGUGUGAUUUGACUGGUGGGUUGAUUUCUGGUGCACUCUCAAUCCUCCUUUCUUCCUCUAUAUGUUAAUUUGUUUUCUUAUUUAGACCCUGACCCUGAGAUAAGGGAGGACCAGGCGGUCUCCAAAAAGAUAUUUUUCGGUCCCUCGGGCCUGAGUUUAGUCUAAAAAUAAGGAGGGCCCGAGCCCCCCGGACACCUCCCCUAGAUCCGCCACUGCCAUAGAGAGAGGAGUAUUUGCUAUAGCUAUGAUCUAUCAUGUGGGCAACUAUUCUGCAAAGAAUUUUAGGUCUGAUUUGACCGAUCUAUAUGGAUGUUUGUUACCAAGAAAAGAUGUCUUUACUUACAAUAGUUUGGGUUAAUGCAGAUUUUUAAGAUGGAAAUUAAUUGCUGUGAACCCAGAUUCGUGUCUGUUAGUAAGAAGUGCAUGUAAGCUUAUAGGAGGUGUCGGUUAACGGAAGUUCUGUACAGUACCUGAUGGAAAUAGGGAUUUUUUCCCCUGCUCAAGUUCUGUGCAAACUAAAUGUCAUACAUGUUAAUGCUACCAUUUACAACAGUAGUUUAAGAACAUGAGUGAUGUUCAGAAUACUGAAAGUUUAAAAAUAUUUCUUUGUCUAACAAUGUAAAUUAUAAUAAUUAUAAUCAUUACUAUCAUUACAUUAUUAUUUUAUCAAUUACAGUGAAACCUGUAUUAAGCAGGCACCUUCGGGACCUUCCCAAGUGUCUGCUUAAUAGAGGUUUUAAAAAUUGCACAAUGUUUGUUAACGAUCAACAUUUAACGGUUACUCUGUGCUGUGUGAAAAAGUUGCUUGUUGUUAAAGAAGCUAUCGUGAGUUCAAUUUCAUUACCUUUCAUUACCAACUUUAAUUUGUCUGUAAAUGCAAAAACAUUAACUGACUUUAGUACGUAUUUCAAGGACGUAAUCCAAUACUACUAUCGUCAAUUCAGUCCAGUGUCUGCUUACUAGAGGUUUCUAACAAUAGAAAUUAGCCAAAUACAAAUUAUUUUAGAGGUGUCCGCUGAAUAGGGGUUUGUUAUAAAGGGAAAUAUCAGACGUCCGUUUCGGGACCCGGCUUAGUGUCCGCUAAACUGGGGGUCCGCUUAAUAGAGGUUUCACUGUAAAAUGUUAUAGUCAUUGCUAUUACAAAUUGUACUAUGCAAAAUUUGCUUACCAUGCAGACAAACUGAGCCACAGUCAUAGCUGUUUGCUUGAAAGGGAAUUGCCUUUAUAUAAAUAGCACCCUUCCCUACCACCACCGCAGCCAUGUUUCUCAACCCAAAAUUGGUCAAGUGCAAAUGUUAAGAUUUUAUUGAAAACCAGUUGUAGCAUCCAGGGUGCACGUUUUCUAUCCUCCGACGUCUCAAGAAGCACCAUGAAGCUGGAUUGUUUUAGCCUUUGUUUGAACAACUGCCUACUGAUGCAUACCCGGCCAACUGUCCAUUGCGGAUUCUAUGGACACUGUUAAGAUCUCAAAGAGGUUUGCUUGUGCCAACGAACUAAGGAAAUGACAUUUUGGGAAACUGGAGUAGAGCUAUGGUCAACGGCCCACUUUGUAUAUAACACUAGCGGAUCUAGGGGAGGAGCCUGGGAGGCCCGAGUCCCCCUCCUAUUUUUAGACCAAACGGAGGCCACGCCCGAAGGGCCGAAAAAAAAUUUUUGGAGACCGGGUCACCCCCCCUUGUCUCAGGGUCUGGAUGACCGGGUCCCCCCCCUUAUCUGAAGGUCUGGAUCCGCCACUUUAUAAUAAUAUGGCUACUACUCACCUGUGCCUCUUAAGCCUUUGCUUGCCUUGUAGUCCUUGUAGAAGGAAAUUACGAGUAUUGCGAGUCUCAAAAUCUUCGAUUAGCUUUGUGCUUCUUCAGCGGAUGAAACAGAAUAUAAAUCAUCAGACAACUUAGUGCAAGAAUGGCUUUCUGUUGUUUAAUACUGGUAUACUUAGCUUGCUUUUGCUGUCUUGAGUUUCUUUUUCUACUCGUUUUUUUUUGUGUGUGUGAAUGUUUUGUGUAGCUGUGUGUCGUGUGCAGUACCUGACCUUUAAUAUAAUCAUUUAUUAAUAAACUAAGUGAGGCUGCCCUAUCUUUUUAGCCCUCAACGGUUAUUAUGGGCAGCCUGUACUCUCUCUAUCAUGUAAAUCAUGUAGGGUACAGUUGAGUACAAAUAAAGUUGUUGUUGUUGGGGCUUGUUGUGGUUGCUGCAAGCAUUCAUUAUUAUUCGACAGAGACAGACAUUACAUACAUGGAUGAUUUUCUAUUUUUUAUAUUCCCGCCAAUAUUUGAAAAAGUUGUUAAAUGGGGCAGCGGUUCAUUUGAGUUUUAUUUGCUUGUUCUUGUAAUUUCUUCAUGAAUGCCAUUCGAUCCGGGGACAUUCAAGGGAUGUUAGUCAAUAACAUCCGCUGAAAGGACCUUAUUGAUGCGCUAAGAGGCUUGAUCGAGGCAAAACAUUAAAGCAUCCUUUCCAAAAAGAUGCAGUGGCAUCUUCUUGGUUGAAUCAAUCGAGAGAUGAUCGAAAAAGCAAGACAAGACCUCGAAACAAGUAUAAAAUCAUCAGACAAAUCAGAGUGGACGAUCGAAGCGAAGCUUACAUGAGUCACAGGGGGAACCUCGAGGCGAACGUGACGUCAUACGUUUACGAAAUCCGACAGAAGAUAAGAGGGCCUUUCGACGGAUGUUAACGAGUGCUGACCCGUUCAAAAUGAUGUUUGAAGUUUGUACGUCGCUAGCGCUCGACAUGACGAAUUUGUUUUUACCGCGUUUCUUGCAUUUUGCAUGCUACUUGUUUGACAUAAGUUAAUUUCGCAGAGAAGGCGAUAACUAAGAAAAGAAUAGCAAUACUUAUGAAAAAAAAACCCCAAAAAAGACGUCAUUAUUAUCAUUAACACUAGAAACAGGAAAUAAAAGUUUAGUCCGUUCAAUCAGAGAAAACAAGAACUAAAAAAAAAAAAGAUGGGCGGGCUUUAAUAACAACCUCGACUUUGAUGACUGCCGUCACGAAUACCCGGCGCUUUCGGUCUAUUGAAUGAUCUUGGCCGGGAAACUAAACAUGCUAAAAACGUACUUUCAAUCAAAAAAAUGCUUAUUUUAUUUCUUAUUAAUUCUUUUACUUGGUUGUUCUUUGGUUGAAGACUUCAAUAAUUUCAGACUGUACGGCUCUGCGAACACGAAACUUCCAGCUGCUAAAUAAAUGGCAUGAAAAUUUCGACCUCUAAAAGCCAUCAAACCAGCUUUGGCUCUCUGAUUUUGAGAAUGAAAAAUUUAAUUAAAUAAAUAGAGUUGUCAACUUGCUGCCAACCUCAACAGUAUAAUUAAGCUUAAGGUGUUUCAUGGCAAUCUACUCAGAAGAGCUUCAUUUCAAAAAAAAAAAAAAAAACGAACUCACUGGUAAAUAAAACUACAAAGCCAUUGUGUGUUGUCGUAUUUCAGAUGAAGUCAAAAAAGCUCGAAGCGGUGUUUAAGACACUAAGACUGAGAAAUUGAGAAACCGAAAAUUAGAACAACAAUACAUAAGUUUGCAAUGAUAACUUUUUAUGUCCUAGUUUCAGCCAGGUUAAGUGAAAAAUGGCAGUCAAAAACUUUGUUUUCGUGAAAGAAAAUCAGUUUACCUGACGCUCAAAUUAGCCAAAUUACACAAGUUAUUAUCAGGAGCACCCAACGAGAAUAUAGUUCAAAACCACUUAAACAUAGCAUUAUUAAACGUAUUCCAGUAUUUAAACAGUACAUAUAGGCAUAUUUUUAUACCCUAAAAAUUUUUCAUCUGUUCUGAUUUCCUAGCUGAAAGUCUAGUGAUUCGAAAAUCAUAGGGAUCAAAACCUACCUUUUCAAAAAUUUCAGCCAGAAAAAAGGCUCCCGAAAUUCUAGGUGACCUUUUUAGGCUAAAAAUCCGUUCAAAAGGGGCAAUUAUUCCAUUUUUUAGAUGUUCGAGAAUCCUAGGAGAGGCAGGCAAGCAAGAAAUCUUACAACAAAUGUUCCGAAAAUUCUAGAUCUCGAAUCGUCUUCCGAACAGAUAUUUUCGAAAAUUGACGUUGGGUGCCCCCGUUAUUAUCACCUUACCUUUUUUGAACCUCAUCAACUAAGUGUUUCAAUGAUCGGUGCCUUGUUUAUCCAUAAAAGCAACUUCAAUAACUACAAAAUAGUCAAAAACACGAGCAGCAUAAAGCAGAACAACUGCACCACAAGCUGUACACAGAAUGAGGCCGAGCGCGCGCGGAGGACUUUGAUUGGAAAGUGUGACUGAAAAAGUGACCGGAAAUGCUCAACCUGGCGCAUGCGUAGACGUUUUGCCGCGGUGUUCUUUGAAGGUGGUCUUCUUUCACCGGUCUGGUCAUUUCGGUCGGUUGGAUCGAAAUGUUCCUUUCCAUUUGACAAAAUUGUUGUCCCCAGUACUGCUCCCUUGUAUGCUGGUUACAAGAACAAUAACCAAAUGCGCGGUGGCUUGGGUCGGGUCUGUGCAACCAGAAUGUACCGAUCCAUUGGGCUCGUGAAUUUCCGAAAUUUCAAAUUGGAAUUUUUGUUGAAUGGAAAGCGCCCUUGGAUUUGUGGGCUCCAUUUUCGCUGAAGAAAGCUCCCUUGCAAGAGCCAAACUAGCCUGUUCCAAGCGUUCAGAUAGUGGAGAGCGGUGCGAAGUAAAGAUAGCGAUGAAAAGUAGAGGAGGACUGGGGAGAGAGGUGCGGGAACGCUUGUAAGAAUUUUUAACAAAAGUGCGUUCCGGUAUACCAGAUCCUGGUAUACCCUCUGAUUGGUUGAUUUUGACAGUUUUUGUCAACAGUGGAGCGUCUUCGAUCACAGCGAGAAAUGCGAUAUGGCGAUGAUGACAGACUCUACGUCCCGUCCAGAAUUCGAACUCGCAACAAACACAGAGCUGAGUGACUUUCCAAACGUGGAGGCUAAACGCGAAGAGCAAAGGAACUGUUUAAAACACGUAGUCGGCAGGAUAGAUGUCUUCGCAAUUUCACCGACUGGCUUUGGAAAAAGACUUAUUUUCCAGCUUUUUCCUCGAAUAAAGCGUGCGUUGGAAUGAAGGCAGGAUAGAAUGCCAUUUACGAUUGUUGUGGUAACUCCGUUGAUUGCCAUCAUGAAAGACCAAGUGGAACAUUUGAACAAAAUCGGAGUAGCGGCGGCAAUGAUGGGAGAAGAUGUGGAUGAAGCCGUUAAAAGUGGAAGCUGUGAAAUUGUAUGAUCCUUAAAAAUUCACUCAAAGGCGUAUUGCAGUCACAAAUCGUGGUUGUCUAAGGAAUGGACAAAAGGACUUCAAAGGAAAGCUUGGAAAGCAAGUUGCAGCUAUCGCUAUUGACGAGGUCCACUCAAUCAUCGAGUAGUAAAUUUUCCCUUCGUUUGUUGGGCAUUUUCAUUGCUCGAGUUAACGAUCUGUAUUGAAGCGGCUUCCUAUCGAAAUGAGUGAUAUUUGUUCACUUAAUUCAUAAUUUUUUUUGUCACGUACACGCUGAAAUCAUGUUUUAAAGCCGUAAAUAAAUUACUUAUCCCGCUCUCUAUUGUCUGAAAGUCUUACAUUAGGUUUUUAGUAAGAUUAUGUACACAUAAUAUUAAUUUUGAUGUGAGAAAUUUUGAUUUAUUCCUAAGAAAAAUAAUAAAUGUAUGGGGCUGACCUACAGCUGACGCGGUCUGAGUGGGCGGAUAAGUCUAUUUAAAACAAAUCUAACAGGCGUUCCCUCUCUCACCUCCCCCACUCCCUCGCUUUUAUUUUUUCGCGCUCCUUUUUUCUUCGCACCGCUCCCCACUAUCUGAACGCCUGGAACAGGCUAGAGCCAAACAUGUACGGUGAACAGUCGAGUUUGGAGGUAAACUUCUUCGUAUAAGAAGAUUACGAAAACAACGCGAUAGAUGCUGGCCUUUUGUUGGGCACAAAAUUACUUUUUUGUGUCAGAUCCCAGACAAGCCUUCGAAUAAGUCGUGGAACUGGUUCGUUAAGAGUAGCAUUCCAGCGGCUCUCUCGCCUGUUCUUGAAAACUUUCGAGGAUGCUUCUACCAAAUAAAAAUAAUCUUUACAAGUGCCCACGAACAUAUUUCACAUAGUUCAUGUUGACUUGUUUGUGAAUUUUCCUAAUGUAGCUGUUGUUCACAUGGGCUUUCAUAGCAAAGAAAUACAACCUGAACAACAGAACAAAUCUUCGUGUUAAAGUAAGCGCAGGCGCCUAAUACCCACUAAAAUGUUCGUUUGAGUUAUGGAACGGACUCUUAAAAACAUCGAUCGUAAGAAGGCAGUCAAUUGUUUGUGAAUUGUUCACAAUAUAAUCUCGAUAAUUAAAGAAAAGUUAUUCCAGACAAAUGCACACAGGAAUUAAAAAGCUUCUGGCGCAUCCCUAAAUUAUUAAAUCCUGCCGUUCCGCAUUUGGUUUUGAUCUAAUUCCUUCUCACUUUAAGUAGAUCCGUUCUUGAAAGUGGUAUAAUUCUAAUUGUCCUCGAUACUUACGGUCGGUCCAUUUAUAUUGCUUGCAGUCUGUCCCAAUAUGGCAACCCUGAAUGAGACAUCAGGAGUUCUUACCAGUCCUUACUAUCCAAGGCGUUACCCUCCUAACGAGAAUUGCAGCUGGAAAAUUACAGCAAGUAAAGGAGAACGCAUUGUGUUGGUCAUUGAAGACCUUAAUAUUCGGUCCUGUGGUUUAUCUUGCACGUGUGAUUACCUGGAAAUACAAAAUGGCUCUUCCUCUGAUGGCAUUUCAGGCAGGCGAAGAUGUAAAUACAAUAAAGACCAUGGGAUAGUAUACCAUUCAGCAAAAGAUGUUCUAACGGUGACGUUUGUUUCUGAUAGUGAUACUUACCGGGGGUACCGUGGAUUUAGGGCAAUUUACAUGAAGGCGAAAUAUAAUGCAACAACCACCGGUAGGUUAUUAGAAAUCGGCUUUAAACGUAAAGUUAAAGGUUUUUGUGCAGGCGAUUAGGUGAUCAAUUUUCAAGCAAGUUAUAUAAAAUAUUAUUGCCUUAAUUAUAACAGGCUUGUAGCAACUGUCAACGACAACAUUCAGCAUUCAAAUACGGAGUAAAACACCCCAAACUAAAAUGCCGAUGGAAUGUCAACAAUUUUCAUUCGCAUGAUGUUAAAAGUGUUUGGUGGAAAAUCUCCUAUUUUUUUAUGCUUAUCUAUUGCAACGCUUUCGAUUGAGUUUUUUGUUGUUGUUGGUUUUCGUUCACAGACAGAUCACCCUUUGAUUUUGUAUUAUAAAGCUACAAUGGAGGACAAAAGAACUUGGGACUGUGUGAAAAAGCCCUUCCAAGCAAUUGUUACGUAGAACCCUGCUCCUAAGGACAAUUUUUUUGUUCGGCUUUGGGUUCAUCCCGUCGUUUCCCCACUCCCCCUAGCAAUGUUGUGGCCAAAAAAGCACUCAUUCUCACCCAUUUUGCUCCAAAUUCAACUUUGUUUGGGGUGGGAGGGGAGGGGUCGCUAGUUUUAGUAAUAUCACUGGAAAGGUCCCAACACUUUUGACCUCCAUUGUAGUUUAUUUCCUCUUGUUGCAGCUUGUACAUCUGGCGAAUAUCUUAAUGGAUUUAGUGGAUUCUUUUCAACUCCAAAUUUUCCGAGUGACUAUCCUCAAUACAGCAUAUGUAUCUGGAAUAUCACAGUUCCCAGCGGGUACAUCAUUAAACUCAGCUUCGUCGACUUUCAAUUAGAGCCGCAUCAGUACAUCCCUUGCUAUUAUAAUGCUCAAAAAGCCCGUGUUACAGUCACAAAUGUUGCUUCAGAUGGCCAGUAUCAACCGUUCAUGCUGUGCGGUCAGGAACUUCCUUAUCCAGUGUACUCAGUGGGGAAUUCAAUGCAAGUUAUAUUCACGUCUCUGCGCAGUCAAUACUCAGGGUUUAAUGCAACUUACAUGGCUAUCACUUAUAGUUCAGGUACGUGGUAUAUAUUAUUUAUAAGACAUCCAUGA